CCGAGCCGACCGCGCGCCACAGCCAUCGGCCAUGGAGACGCGAGAGCGGCGGCGCCCGCGGUUUCUGCUGCCGCUGCUUCUGCAGCUGCUGUGCGGUGGGUGUCUCCGAGUGGGGGGCUGCAAUGAGACGCGCAUGCUGGAGAAGCUGCCCCAGUGCGGGCAGGCUUUCGCCGACAUGAUGCACACAGUGGACGUCUGGAAGUGGUGCCACCUGUCUGAGUUCAUCGUGUACUACCAGAGCUUUACCAACUGCACCGAGGUGGAGACCAACGUGGUGGGCUGCUACUGGCCCAACCCCCUGGCGCAAGGCUUCAUCACCGGCAUCCACAGGCAGUUCUUCUCCAACUGCACGGUGGACAGGGCACACUGGGAGGACCCUCCAGACGAGGUCCUCAUCCCGCUCAUCGUCGUGCCCGUCCUGCUGACCGUGGCCAUGGCCGGCCUGGUGGUGUGGCGCAGCAAACGCGCUGGCCAGCUGCUGUGAGGGCGCCCUGAGGGGCGGGGGGAAGCAGGGGGGGGGGCCGGAGAGCCGGCGGAGGCUGCGGCGGCCCCCCCCAACCCCAUCCCGUCUGGCUACCUGCGAGCCUUAUGUGGCUCACCCGGGCUUGUCCUCUUCUGGGCCUGGGAAGAAGGCGCACCGAGGCCGGAGCUGUGCAGGCCACAGCUGUGCAGCUCCGCCCGCGCUGGGCUGGGGCCUCCAGGGUUUCCGGGCCCUCCUGACCCCUGCCCAGGCACCCUGCCCUGACCCCAGCCCCGGCCUGGCUCGGACCGCACCUCCCAACCUGAGCUCAACCCCUGCGCUGACCCACCCCCUGUCCUGACCCCACCCCCUGCUCUGACUC